AUGGCGUACAAUACACCGCUGGUGGGUGGUCUGUACCCCAUUUGCACAGAAGAUGUGUACAAGGCGUACCAUGACCCGAGUGUUCACAUUUUCCUCACGAUUGUUUUUGGUAUUUUCACCCUAGUCUUCCUGUACUAUUUGUGCGUGCGCCGCCCCAAGUUUGAGUAUGCGAUGAUGCUCAUCUUUUGCGCCCUCCAAGUCGGUGCUUUUGCAAUGCGUAUUUACUCCGACAUCCAAGAUGCAUUUAUUGGUAUUAUGGUGUACUCAGCUGCCAUUUCAAUUUCGUUGGGUGUGAUGUACAGCCUGUACGUUCGCUGGACCAAGAUCGCCGACAAGUACUUUGGUACAAAGAUGUUUGAUCGCGGCUUUGGCAGCUACAUUGCCAUUGCUAUCAUCACCAUUAUCGUCCUUGCAUUGAUUGUGGCCAGUGUAUGGGUUGCUUCGACUAUCUGGGUGGUGUUCUUGGUACUCUUCGCGAUUCUUUGGGUGGGCAGUAUUGUGACGUUGAUCAUUCACCAGCGCCAUCGUCCACCCACGCGCGAGGUACCCAUCGUGAUGAGCUUGAUGGACCGUGUAUACAACCUGCCGCCGAUUGCUACGAGCCACCAACAACUGUACAACAUGCAAGUGUUCAUUAUUGUGCUGAAUACGAUUUUGCUCGUUAAGCAGAUUUUCUUGACCAUCUGCUUUGUGCUGGUGCCUCUGUUUUUCAUCACGCCGCUGUACUAUAUCUUCUGCAUUAUCCCUGAUCUGGCCUUUGCGGUAAUGAUCAGCAACUCGGAAGCUUUGCCUCUGUUUGAGCCUGCUCGCCAUAUGCCUUCGGUGCGCACGGAAAUCUUGGAACGCGAGCGUACGGAGCGUAUGAUGCAAACUGAACCCAUGCGUCCUACGUUUGAUGGCCAGCCUGUGCUGAUGGAGGGUGCCCCGGUGCUUCGUCCUGAACAGCCUCAUGGUCAAGUGGUGCCUGUGCAGUAUGUGCAGCGUGCACCUUACGCCGAACCGGAAGAGACCAUCGUUCAAGUGGACGCCCGCUGA